AGGCUUCGGCUCAAACGCGGGGGAAUGCCAUGGAGGCAGGAUGGCAAAGCCCUUGGCGCCCUUUAAUGACCAUGGCUAUCAAAAGAUCCCCGCAGAUGACAAGGACUUCUUCGCCCAAAGUGAUGAAGAAACCGAGUGCAACAGCGUUUGGGGCAGCGACAGGUACACCCAGGAUCGCGGGAUCAGUGAUGAGCUGCUGAAGGUAGAUGACGAGGACGAGGAGGAUGCCGAGGCAUUGACGCCUUUGGAGAAGAAGAGCUGCUUCGCCUUCGUGGAGACCUGGUGGUUUCACAUCAUUGCGGCGACGGUCAUCGGCUCCAACACUGUGACCAUUGUCUUGGAGGCCGAUUCAGAGGCCAUGGUGAAGAAGUUCUAUUGGUGUGAGCAGGGCUUCCUGACCUUCUACACCGUGGAGCUGAUUUGCCGUGCGUGCCUUUGGAAGGGCAAGUUUCUUUGUGGUCCACGUAAAUUGGUGAUGUGGAGCUUGCUGGAUCUUUUGAUCGUGUCGGCGGGUCUCUUUGAUGAGCUGGCCUUCAAGUACAUCGAGGCCAAGUUGCCGCGAAGCUUCAGCCAUGAGCUCUCCAAACUGCUACAAGUCAUGCGACUCUUGCGAUUGCUGCGAGUGUUCAAAGUCAUUGGCUUUGUUUUAGAAUGGGACCUGUCUUGGACCGAACGUCCGGCGUUCCAAAGCUUCAUCGGUGGUGUCAUUGCUGUGAAUGCGCUGCUGAUGGGCUGCGAAACGGAUAUCGACUGGGGUGGAUGGAUAGUCAUUGAAAAUGUGUUGCUUUGCAUCUACGUCUUCGAGUUGGUCGUGCGGCUAAAGAGGCUUGGCCGGGACUACUUUUCGUGUGAGAGCCCAGACUUAGUUUGGAAUCUGCUUGACCUUAUCAUCGUGGUCAGCUCGGCCGGAGAUUCCUGGUUGAUGCCCUUGGCCAAUGUCUGCAAGAAGUCCUUUCAGGGGAAGCAGGUGGAGGCCAAGAGCGAGAAAGCCUCCAGUGGCGUGAACGUUGGGCAGUUGAUGAUGCUGAUGCGUUUGCUGCGCUUGCUACGGAUUCUUCGUUUGGCGAAGUUGGUGAAGUCCGUCAGACCAUUGUACAUCCUGGUGGUGAGCGUCACCGCUGCGGUUCAGGGAGUGGUUUGGGUCUUGGUGCUCACGGUGGUGACGCUUUAUGCUAUGGGCAUUCUGACCACGCGUUUGAUUGGGCACAAGAUGCUUUUCGAUGCCUCGGAUGCCACGGAUGAUGCUUUGACGGCCCCCUUCAAGACCGUCCCUGAUAGCAUGUUCACCCUCUUCCGUGUGAUGAGCGGAGCCCAAUCCGAUGCAGAGGCAGCUGCAUUGGAUUCCAUCAUGGAUGAUAUUCCCACCUUCAAGUUUGCCUUCGUCUUCUUCAUGGUGACCAGUUCCUGGACCUUGCUCUCGAUCCUAACAGCCGUUGUGAGCGAAAAUAUGAUCUCUACCACGUCAGGCCAGGAGAAGGAGAUCCUACUGAUGUCAGAGGAAGAAGAUCGAAAGCGGCAUGUGCAGGACCUAAAAGAGCUCUUCAAGGAGAUCAACUCCACGGGCGAUGGAAUUGUUCGCGAGAGGGAUCUGAUCCGCUUCUUGCAGAAUUCCUACCAUGCCCAGCAAACGGCCAAGAUGUGCCGUGUACCGGUCCGCCAUGUUCACGAAGUGAUGAAGACCUUGGCCAUCAACUCCGAGGUGAUCCGAAUGGAGCAGUUCGUGGAGUGCUUGCUCGAUGUGGGAAAUCCCGUGACGGAGAAAUCCACCAUGCGACUCGAAGCAUUACACCUGGAAACCAGGACACGUUUAGAAGAAAGCCUUGAAGACUUGACACAAUAUGUGCAAGUCAUGAAGGAGUCUCACCCAUCUCAAGAUGCAGACGUAAGACAGCUGCAGCAUUCAGUUGAUGCCCUCAACGGCAAGCUGGAGCAAAUGGACCAACGGGUCGCAGCUCGCGAUGCUCGCGAUGAUGCGAUGAGAGCUGACCUCAUGCGUUUGCAGGGGUCCGUAGAUCUCCUGCAUCAGCGCCUGGACAAAAUGUUCAGAGCAAGCUGAUGCCGACAUCAAGCUUCGGCGAGGAAAGAACGUGCCAAGACUGG